AUGAAGUUCGUCCUCACUCUCAGCGCGCUUGUGAGCGUCGCCUCCUCGGUGCUCGCAUACCCCACUCCUGCCGAGCCCUUCUUCGUCUCGCGCAUGGUGGAGCGUCCGGUCUCCUCGUCGCCCUUCCGCAUCGCUGCGACCGCCUCUACGUGCGGCCAAUUCGCCCUGCGCGAGCCACAGAUGCUCCAGGUCCGCUCCUACAACGACUCGACUACGACCUACCUCUCUGUCUCGGAUGACGACGAGGGCGAGCCCAUCCUCACCGCUCUUCCGUCCACCAACGGCGAGCAGGGCGCACACGAAUUCGACUUCCAGACGUGCAACAACACGGGCUUCACUCAGGGCUACUCGCGCAACAGCGGCGGAAGCAUGGGCGCCCCACUCGAGUUCUUCGGUCGCGUCGUCACCAAUGUCACCACCCUCGACUCUAACGGGACCGCGACGAACCAGACCUCGCAGCAGUGUCUCGCCGCCUCUACCCUCACCGCCAACUCCACCGCCCAGACCAACAGGUUCAUCUUCGGCACGUGUAACGAGACCGACUCGACCCAGUGGUUCAGACUCCAAGAGGGCGUAGGCGGCGCAGCACUCACCUACUUCCCCGUCAGGAACACCACCGGCUACGUCUACAAGGGCGAGAUCCCCCAGUACUUCAAGGUCGACCUCCACAGGAACGAGAAGGACUUCAAUGCCGUAGAGUUCCAGCAGGAGGAUUCCAAGCAGUAUGUCCAGUUCUACUAA